AUGACAGGAGCUGCGCCGGGGGUCCCUCCCCCGGACGACGGCCAGCAGAAACCAAACGGGGGUAUCAGGAGGGCUCCGCCGACUACCUCAUCCCCAAACGCCAAAGGGGAUCGGGAAACGCAGCAACCUAAGAAGAAGGCCAAACCGAUGAGAGAAAACUCGUUGUUUAGUGAUGAAGAACUGAUGGAGGAUGCUCGCUCCCCAACGUCGAGGACAAACCCUUCUCCGCAGAGAGAUCAGAAGAGGACGGCUUGCACGGGGAGUGGAGCACGUAAGCUCUUCAACGACCUGCAUGCUGAGGACGACUGGUACAUCGCGGAAUCAGAUUCAGAAGAUGUGGCUGCCGCUAUGCGUGAAGAUGAUCUGGAUGAUAUAAUCCCUGAAGACGAUGAUCCACGCUGCCCUACCAUAGCGUACACGGCUAUGGAGAAGCAAAGAUGGAGGCAUAAAUGGCGAUCUCCCCUGAUAGUUACUGUUUUGGGACGAACCUUCCCAUACCCCGUGAUCUCACGAAGACUGGAAACGCUUUGGGCAAAAUGUGGUGCUCUGCAGAUCUCAAGUCUUUCCUUUGGAUUCUAUGCUGUUCGUUUCUCCAGUCAGUAUGACUACGAACAGGCAGUCAUUGGAGGCCCUUGGAUGAUUGGUGAUUAUUACAUAACGGUACGUCCGUGGCGUCGCAACUUUAACCCCAAGCUAGCCGAGGUGGCAUCUACUAUGGUUUGGGCGAGACUACCAGGACUUCCUAGUGAGUUCAUUAAUAAGGAGGCUGUGGAACGAAUCGCGUCAAGAAUUGGGCGACCAGUGCGAGUUGACCGGGCAACUCAGCUAGGGGACCGAGGACGCUUUGCCAGGGUCUGUGUGGAAGUGGAACUGACCAAACCAUUGCUCUCGCAAUACAAGAUCGAAGGAAUAACGUAUUACAUUGAGUACGAAGGCUUGCAUCGUAUUUUCUCUGAAUGUGGUAUGUAUGGUCAUAUGAAAGUGACAUGCCCAAAGCUGUUUAAGGUUGUGGAACCAGUGGUUGAACCAGAGAACACGACAACAGGAGAAGGCACUCAACGACCCCUUUACGGGGAAUGGAUGACUGUGAAACCAAAGUGGAAGAGCUCGAAUGGAAAACAAAUAGACAAGAGAAAUAGCGGGAGACAACAGCGAAGCCCUACUCCCUCGGAAGAGGUUGGGCAAGGUUCUGGGUCGCGAUUUGCGGCACUAAAUGAGGACGAACAGGUACAAAUGGGCGUUGGCAUGAAUGAAACAAGGGUUGAGCUCCAGGAAAAUGUCGUGGAAGAGACGCCAGGUGGAGGACAGGAACCUCAACCCCCGUCGGUUGCUACGUCGGAGAAACAACCGGCUGUAACACUAUCCCACGAGGCCCGACCCAAUGAUAAGGUCAGGGCAAUGGAAAGAGUGGCAGAGACGAGGUCGAGUGCCGAAACUAGAACAACAGACAAGAUUCCCCACACUAGUCAGUCCGGGAAGGGACCAACUGAAAUACAAAUGAACCUGAAGGGGUCGUCGAGUGGAGGGAAAGGAAAAGGAACAAAUAAUCCCAAUAACAAUGCCAAGCUGAACGGGGACACAAGUAUGCAGCAGAAUAGCCGAAAGAGGGGGCUGGGACCCAAAUCUACAACAACCGAGGGUGCGGGGAACCUAUCCCCUUCAGGACAUAGAUGA